CUUGCUCUUUAAAAAUCCUUAAAAAGGGAGAGAGGGAGUGGGGUCUUGAUGUGCGUCGUGGGGAUCAGACCCUUCCCGCAGCCUGCGCUGGGUGAGGAUUCUCCGUCUCUGGAGACAUCUUUGGCCACAGAAAUGGUCCGAGGCUGUGGAACAGGCUGAGAGAGUUGGGGUGUUCAUCUAGAGAAACCUUAUUUUGGCCCUUCUUUACUUAAAAGGGGCCGAUAGGAAAGAUGAGGACAGAAUUUUCAGCAGGGCCUGUUGUGACAGGACAAGGGGUGAUGGUUUUAAACUAAAGGAGGGAGAUUCAGGCUGGACAUGAAGAAGAAAUUGUUGUCCCUGAGGGUGGUGAGAGCCUGGCCCAGGUUGGCCAGAGAGGUGGUGGAUGAACCAUCCCUGGAGACAUCCCAGGUCAGGCUGGACGGGGCUCUGAGCAACCUGAGCUGGUGAAGAUGUCCCUGCUCAUGGCAGGGGGGGCACUGGGGGAGCUGGGAAUGUCCCUUCAAACCAAACUGUUCUGUGAUCUCGAUUCCACAACAAAUGCUUCCUGAAAAUCAUCUUGGCCCAUCUAUGGAGAGAGAGGUCCAACACACCCUGCAAAAACCUGUAUUUUCCUUACAAGAACCUCUGCUGCAGGGUUUGGUUUCCCGAAGCGGCUGGGAGGCGAUGCGGCAGCUCCGAGCGUACAGCAUUUAGCAAGCUGGAGAGCAUUGCAAGGGCAUUCUCCGAACUGAAGUCCCAGGAGUGUCUGGAAUGAGGCAGCGAAACCAUCUGGGUUUACCCGACGUGGUGCGACAAGCCUGGCUAACCGUGAGCGUGCCCCUGGGAACGCAGACAAAGGUGUCACCGUGAUUAAUGGGGGUGGGAAAUGCCUUCUCUAAAGGGUUGGAUAGGCAUUGCUGUGACGGGCAGCUGCAGCCUUUAGCAGAGUAAGCAGCUAGGAAAUGAUGAGGUGGCUUCUUCAUGGAGGAUUUCCAAGGUACCAGUCUCUGAAAUGCUUCUGGCUGCUGCUCUUCUUGGAGACACCCAUCAACUUGAGGUCUGUUCCUGGUGGUAAACCCCGAUAUCUCUCUAUUGAAGUCGCCGUCGCUUGGACCUGAAGAGAUGUUCUUGCUGUGAUGGUGGAGAUGUGGGGAUGAAGGUGAGGCCAACGAUGAGCAGUCCCGUUACCUGCACGGUGGUACCCGACUCCUUAGAGAAUCUGGGCCUGCUGAGUCUCCUUUGAUAAACACAAAAGGCAGAUUAGGGCCGUGCUGGGGCGGCGGCGGCACCGCAGAAACGCCGGGUCAAUUAUCGCGGGGUCGCUUCUGAGCAGCGAAACGUCAGCACGGCGUGGCAGGUUGUGCUUGGAUUUUCAGACAGGCCUCUAGCAGAUGAAAGGAUAAGAAUUCCAUAUCUUCGCGGUGUGAACCAGUUUGCUGCGACCAGAAACUCGAGAUUUGGGAUGGCACCUGCGUUUUGGUGACUUUAUUGCGUUUGACCAACUCUACCACGUCUUCAGGCCUCUCGACAAGUUAGAGGAGGCUCUUCUCAACACGAGUGAAAUGGAGGAAGUGCCUUGUGGUGGUUCAAGUGCCCAAAGCCCAACAUUGUUGCAGUAGGAGAACAGCAUUGGUUUAGCUCAAAAAAAGAACUACAUCAGAAAGAAAACCUCCUGCCCGGUCAUCGUGCCCGUCGUCUCCCAUCUCCAUUGAGGACCAUCUCUCCCGUGCCAAAACCAUUGCCGCUGUUUGCAAAGAGUUCCCUCUGCUCCACGAGGUCGCCUGGGGUCUGUCAAGGUGCAUUUGGUCACAUCCUUCUGUGUUGCUUGUGCUGAAUGAGGAGUGGUGGAGAGCUCGCAGGUACCUCCAGAUGGGUCCCACCGUGUCCCUUGCAGCCACCCCCAGUACCCCCAGUCUCCUUCCUGUGAGGAUUGUUGGACUUGGCGUGCCAGACUGAGCUGGCAGGAGGAACAUCAUCCUGACUGAUGGUUCUGGAUCUGGGGAACGCGUCUCUGCCGACGUCCCCGCUUUGGUGUCGCGGUGCAGCGCUGGGGACGGUCACACCGGCCGGAGGACACGGACCUGGGCUGAGCAUCCUCCAGUAUCCCUGCAGAACUCCCCAUUGCAGCGAUGGACACCUUCAAUAACGCUCUGGGGACAGAACGAGGCACUACUAAUAAUCACAAAGGAUGUCAAGAAGGAAGAACUGAUGUGUUUAAACAUAUGGGCCGGGAUUCCUCUCACCUCACCAAUCACAUAAAAAUGAGGCUGCCGGGGAGAUCUGCCGCGCCAGGACACACAGAUACCUGCAUACAGACACUCCUGCUUGUCCCUCUGUCUCCGGGACUUAAAAGACAGGAGAAGAUACCAGGUCGGUGGCCAUUGGCAUGGAGAGCACCCUGUUCUGGUGGCUUCUGCACGUGGGCUCUGGAAGAAGGUGGCCACAUCCCGGAGCUGACCAUCCUGCAGCCGCAAGCCGUGGUGCAAAGGACCACCAGGAGACCUUACCCCAAAACGACCCGUGAGCAUCCAGAGCAUCUCCAGGAGUCCAGACAGAGCUGGUACCUGAGGCCGAGCAGUAAAUGCAUCACCAGAGCUGCCUUGGCUGAGGGAGGAUUAUUGGGGAGCACAGUCAGAGGAAGGGAUGCAUGGAACAACUUUUUCCCCUCUUGGGUAAGCUAUUCACUUGCAGCGAGGGGAACACAGGUGUAUUAUUGUGUGUUGGCAAUACCACUGGUCCCGUGGGACCCUCUGGGCAGCGAGGGAGGUGUCGAUAUAUAAUAUUUUUGCUGCUCGCGAGGAAAGCGCUCUAAUUAGAGGAAAAACAUUUGAUCUCUGUAGGCUUUUGGUGAAAUAUCUUGGAAAGGCAGCAGAUGUUGCUGAAAUGAUUUCAUUCAGCUGUUUUGCCCCUUUUUUCUUCCCUUGUAUGAGGCGCUUUGAAUUAAAAUUUGAUAAACAGCUCAUGGCGGUUUAUUGGGGGGGUACCAAAACCUUGCUUUAAAUCAAAGUUCCUCCAAACUCAAGUAUAUGCACCAACAUCCCUGUGCUUUACUUUUCACAGUAUCACAGUAUCACAGUAUGUUAGGGAUUGGAAGGGACCUCAAAAGAUCAUCUCGUCCAAUCCCCCUGCUGGAGCAGGAACGCCUAGGUGAGGUCGCACAGGAACAUGUCCAGGUGGGUUUUGAAUGUCUCCAGAGCAGGAGACUCCACAACCUCCCUGGGCAGCCUGUUCCAGUGUUCUGUCACCCUUACUGAGAAGAAGUUUUUUCUCAAAUUUAAGCGGAACCUCUUGUGUUCCAGCUUGAUCCCAUUGCCCCUUGUCCUAUCAUUGUUCGCCACCAAGAAGA